CCCUUCCAGGUCCUGUAGUGUUGGAUACGAUUAUCCAACACCGCAGCAGACUCGGGCAGGUAAGAACGGCAACACCGCAGCAGCCUCACGCAGACAACAAGCAGCGGCAACACCGCAGCAGACUCGGGCAGGUGACAACGGCAACACCGCAGCAGCCUCACGCAGACAACAAGCAGCGGCAACACCGCAGCAGACUCGGGGAGGUGACAACGGCAACACCGCAACAGCCUCACGCAGUCAACAAGCAGCGGCAACACCGCAGCAGACUCGGGCAGGUGACAACGGCAACACCGCAGCAGCCUCACGCAGUCAACAAGCAGCGGCAACACCGCAGCAGACUUGGGCAGGUGACAACGGCAACACCGCAGCAGCCUCACGCAGACAACAAGCAGCGGCAACACCGCAGCAGACUCGGGCAGGUGACACAGGCAACACCGCAGCAGCCUCACGCAGACAACAAGCAGCGGCAACACCGCAGCAGACUCGGGCAGGUGACAACGGCAACACCGCAGCAGCCUCACGCAGACUGUGGGAACCGACCUGUGACAGCGGCAACACCGCAGCAGCCUCACGCAGUCAACAAACAGCGGCAACACCGCAGCAGACUCACGCAAAGCAACAAACAGCGGCAACACCGCAGCAGACAACAAACAGCGGCAACACCGCAGCAGACUCACGCAAAGCAACAAACAGCGGCAACACCGCAGCAGACAACAAACAGCGGCAACACCGCAGCAGACAACAAACAGCGGCAACACCGCAGCAGACUCACGCAAAGCAACAAACAGCGGCAACACCGCAGCAGACAACAAACAGCGGCAACACCGCAGCAGACAACAAACAGCGGCAACACCGCCGCAGACAACAAAUAGCGACAACACCGCCGCAGACAACAAACAGCGGCAACACCGCCGCAGACAACAAACAGCGGCAACACCGCAGCAGACAACAAACAGCGGCAACACCGCAGCAGACUCACACAAAGCAACAAACAGCGACAACACCGCAGCAGACAACAAACAGUGGCAACACCGCAGCAGACAACAAACAGCGGCAACACCGCAGCAGACAACAAACAGUGGCAACACCGCAGCAGACAACAAACAGCGGCAACACCGCAGCAGACUCACACAAAGCAACAAACAGCGACAACACCGCAGCAGACAACAAACAGCAGCAACACCGCAGCAGACAACAAACAGCGGCAACACCGCCGCAGACAACAAACAGCGACAACACCGCAGCAGACAACAAACAGCGACAACACCGCAGCAGACAACAAACAGCGGCAACACCGCAGCAGACAACAAACAGCGGCAACACCGCAGCAGACAACAAACAGCGGCAACACCGCCGCAGACAACAAACAGCGACAACACCGCAGCAGACAACAAACAGUGGCAACACCGCAGCAGACAACAAACAGCGGCAACACCGCAGCAGACAACAAACAGCGACAACACCGCAGCAGACAACAAACAGUGGCAACACCGCAGCAGACAACAAACAGCGGCAACACCGCAGCAGACAACAAACAGUGGCAACACCGCAGCAGACAACAAACAGCGGCAACACCGCAGCAGACAACAAACAGCGACAACACCGCAGCAGACAACAAACAGUGGCAACACCGCAGCAGACAACAAACAGCGGCAACACCGCAGCAGACAACAAACAGCGACAACACCGCAGCAGACAACAAACAGUGGCACCACCGCAGCAGACAACAAACAGCGGCAACACCGCAGCAGACUCACACAAAGCAACAAACAGCGACAACACCGCAGCAGACUCACACAAAGCAACAAACAGCGGCAACACCGCAGCAGACUCACACAAAGCAACAAACAGCGGCAACACCGCAGCAGACUCACACAAAGCAACAAACAGCGGCAACACCGCAGCAGACUCACACAAAGCAACAAACAGCGGCAACACCGCAGCAGACUCACACAAAGCAACAAACAGCGGCAACACCGCAGCAGACUCACACAAAGCAACAAACAGCGGCAACACCGCAGCAGACUCACACAAAGCAACAAACAGCGGCAACACCGCAGCAGACUCACACAAAGCAACAAACAGCGGCAACACCGCAGCAGACAAACACAACACCGCAGCAGACAACAAACAGCGGCAACACCGCAGCAGACAACAAACAGCGGCAACACCGCAGCAGACAACAACACAGCGGCAACACCGCAGCAGACAACAAACAGCGGCAACACCGCAGCAGACAAACAGCGGCAACACCGCAGCAGACAAACAAACAGCGGCAACACCGCAGCAGACAACAAACAGCGGCAACACCGCAGCAGACAACAAACAGCGGCAACACCGCAGCAGACAACAAACAGCGGCAACACCGCAGCAGACAACAAACAGCGGCAACACCGCAGCAGACAACAAACAGCGGCAACACCGCGCAGACAACAAACAGCCGCCGCAGACAAACAAACAGCGCAGACCGCAGCAAACAAACAGCGGCAACACCGCCGCAGACAAACAAACAGCGGCAACACCGCCGCAGACAAACAAACAGCGGCAACACCGCCGCAGACAAACAAACAGCGGCAACACCGCCGCAGACAACAAACAGCGGCAACACCGCCGCAGACAACAAACAGCGGCAACACCGCAGCAGACAACAAACAGCGGCAACACCGCAGCAAUACACCAUCUCAACACCAUCUCAAAAAAAUACAAUUUUCUUCGCUCCUCUACGUAUCCUCCUUAA